AUGACUACCAUAAAUCACACUGGUGUUAGCCACACAGUCUUCCACAUGCUGGGAAUCCCGGGUCUUGAGCACCAGCACAUGUGGAUUUCCAUCCCCUUCUUCGUUUCCUAUGUCAUCGCCCUGCUUGGUAACAGCCUGCUCAUCUUCAUUAUUCUCACAAAAAGUAGCCUCCAUGAACCCAUGUACCUCUUCCUCUGCAUGCUGGCUGGAGCAGACAUUGUCCUCUCCACGUGCACAGUACCUCAGGCUUUGGCCAUCUUCUGGUUCCAUGCUGGGGAGAUCUCCCUGGAUCGCUGCAUCACUCAGUUCUUCAUCAUCCACUGCACUUUCAUCUCUGAGUCAGGGAUCUUGCUGGUGAUGGCGUUUGACCGCUACAUUGCCAUAUGCUACCCACUGAGAUACACCACUAUUCUCAAAAAUGCACUGAUUGGGAAAAUUGGUGUUAUCAUAUUUCUGAGGAGUUAUUGUACAAUUUUCCCUAUAAUAUUUCUUUUGAAAAGAUUGACUUUCUGCCAAAAUAAUAUUAUUCCACAUACCUUUUGUGAACACAUUGGCUUGGCCAAAUAUGCUUGUAAUGACAUCCGAGUGAACAUCUGGUAUGGACUUUUUGUCAUAGUGUCAACAAUUGUCUUAGAUGUCCUGUUAAUUUUUGUUUCUUAUGUGCUGAUUCUCCUUGCUGUCUUCCACAUGCCUUCUCAAGAUGCUCGCCACAAAGCUCUCAACACGUGUGGCUCCCAUGUCUGUAUCAUCAUCCUCUUUUAUGGGCCUGCAAUCUUCACAACUCUUACUCAGCGGUUUGGACACUACAUUCCACCUCAUGUCCACAUCUUGUUGGCUAAUGUCUGCAUUCUGGUUCCACCUAUGAUGAAUCCAAUGAUUUAUGGGAUCAAGACGAAACAAAUUCGAGAGCAGGUGGCUCACAUGUUGUUUCCGAAGCAGAAAUAA